UAUGAGUCUGUUCACUGGCCAAUCCAUGGACGGUCCUCCUUCAACUGAACGGCAGUUGGACGACUCAUGCGUACGCGGGAAAGCGCGUGAACACAUUUGCAUGCCGAUAUUUUCGUAUCUAUAUUUUUUUAAAGCUUAAAACCGCACGUUCUUCAUUUCUUCCAUUACUAGUCCCAUCUUGUGAUAAGGACAGAAGAGUUGGGUUGUUUUAAAGUUCUUAUUCUUCUUCAUCUUGCUCAACAAUCUCAUCCUUUCUCAAGUCUCAAUUCUCGACUCUAUUUUCUGUUAGUCUUCCCUGUUUCUUUCUUUCUUGUGUUUGAUCGAGGAAGUUAAGUGGGUCUCGCUCGAAUCCGGGUUCUCAUUUCGGGUUUCUGUUCUUCUUUGCUUCGGAAAGAAGAGGACCUAGAAACUGAUGGGAAAGGCGGACAGCAUCUCAGAGGGAUCUCCUCUGCUUGCCAAUGGAGUUCCCCCAGUGGCACCUCCAUUACCAGGUCCUGCAACAACCAGUUAUCGCCAAAAGGGGCUGGUGAAGGAUGGAAGAUGCAGCUGUGUCAAUGCAGCAGUAAGGGAUUUGUGGGAUCGCCUCUUCGAUGAAGCUUGCGGAGCAGAUGUCACUAUUAAUACUGAUAAUGGUGGCAUCCUCUAUGCACAUGCUAGCAUUCUUGGAAUGUCCUCUCCAGUGAUGAAAGGCAUGUUAAAGCAAACGAGAGGCCGUGGCCGCUGGCAAUCGAUCUCCAUUCGUGGUGUUCCACUUGAUGCAGUUCGGGUUUUCAUUAGAUUCUUGUAUUCAUCCUGCUAUGAGCAAGAAGAUAUGGACGAAUUUGCAGUUCCUCUGUUGGUUUUAUCGCACGUGUUUGUGAUUCCCCAUUUGAAGCGAGUGUGUGAGCACCACCUAGAGCAUGGUUUGCUAACCAUAGACAAUGUAAUAGAUGUUUUUCAGCUUGCAUUAUUAUGUGAUGCUCCUCGCCUUACCCUCAUCUGUCACCGCAUGAUCCUGAAGAACUUUAAGGCUGUUGCUAAUAAUGAAGGGUGGAAAGCAAUGAAAAAGAGCCAUCCAAUCCUAGAAAAAGAAAUUCUUGAGUCAGUCACUGAAGCAGAUACAAGGCAAAAGCAGAGGGUCAGAAGAUUAAACGAGAAGAAGAUCUAUUUAGAACUAUAUGAAGCAAUGGAGGCCCUUGUUCAUAUAUGUAGAGAUGGUUGCCGGACAAUUGGUCCAUAUGACAAGAUUUUGAAAGAAGACCAGGCACCGUGUAAAUAUGAAGCCUGUAAAGGACUGGAAUUGCUGGUCAGACACUUUGCUGGUUGCAAACUCAGAGCUCCUGGUGGUUGCACACAUUGCAAGAGAAUGUGGCAGCUCUUGGAAUUACACUCCCGUCUCUGUGCUGAUUCAGAUAUAUGCAGGGUUCCUUUAUGCAGGAAUUUUAAGGACAGAAUCAAGAAACAGAGCAAGAAAGAUGAGAUGAAGUGGAGAAUACUAGUGAGAAAAAUCUUGAGAGCAAAGGGCAUUGGGAAAGCACCAUUCUUUUAAACAGCAAUUGCUGGGUUUUGAUGACAAAGAGUUGUAAAUGUGCAGUUACCCAUUUGUAGAUAGAAUCCCACCAAGAGGCCGUGGUGGGUGUUCCUUUUGUAUCUCAAUUUGAAAUUAUGAAGCAGAGGAUCAAUUCCAUUUCCAUA